AAUUUUGUUUUCAUUCGGAGUGCAGUGAUCAGUAAAUUCGCGAAGAUUGAUAAUAAACAUUUAAACUAAACAGAUUAUGAACAUAAUUUCAAGUGUACGAGCCUCGUUGAACUCCAACCUUCCCCGGCUAGCAACAACACAGCACACAAACGGCAGAAUGGCGAGCACACAGGAGAAACCAAUAGAGACAGCCAUCCAAGACGGCCUCAACAGCAAACUGUCGCCGGUUCACCUGGAAGUGGUCAACGAGUCCUACAUGCACAACGUUCCCAAGGGAUCGGAAACGCACUUCAAGGUGCUGGUGGUGUCAGACCAAUUCGAUGGAGUUCCCUUGAUCAAGCGCCACCGCUUGGUAAACGAAAUCGUCAGGGAGAAACUGGAAGGCAACUUUGUACACGCCCUAUCGAUUGAAGCGAAAACACCCGCCCAGUGGAACGAAUCGUACAAACUGGAACCGAGCCCCAACUGUCGCGGCGGAUUCGGAAAGUGAAUGUUCGGAUCGGAAUAAAUGGUUGAAUUAGCUACUUACAGAAA